AUGAUCCGUCCUCACAUGCCUCUGUUGGCGCCGCCCAUCUUUGCCAGCGUGCGAGACCCCGUCAUCCCCGUCAAGCUAUCCGCUGAAGCAGCCUUUGUUGGCAUGUUCAGCGUCGUAGACGAGGAGAGCAGAAUCUUUAAUAAGAGCAUGCAAGACUAUUUCAAGAGAGUCACCUUGCGGCUCGGUGGGCAGGCUAGAGAGCGUCGGGAUGCGGAAGGUGGACAAGGCGGUUUGGGCCUGUCGAACGACGAGGUGGAGGAUGAGAAGGAGAUUUGGAGUGUUGGACGAGUCGACGUGGGCGAGACCGUCUUUGACUAG